AUGGACCCGCUAAAGAAAGACCACCCUCGAUUCUUGACCACCUAUGAGCCCAAUGUGUAUUACCCCCCUGAUGGCGGAGAGCCAGUCAAGAUCAUGGAUACCUCUGCCACAGACCGUGCUUCCAUGACUGCCAAAGAGUUCAAGGAAUUAAAGAACGCUGAAUCCGAGGAGCAGCUUGCGAACAAAAAGGUCUACUUGGAGCAUCAAGCGAAAGGGAAAACAAAUAACGGCCAAGAAGAAACUCGCGAGACAAGUGGCACGGUCGAUACAAACCCUACGGAGACUGCUCCUCCAGCUCCAGCUCCAGCUCCAAGCUCUACAAUUCCUCAAAAAAGGCCUGCUGAGGAUGAGCCCGAGAAGCCUAUGUCCAAAAAUGCCCUCAAGCGUCUGAGAAAGCAGCAGCAGUGGGAGGCCGGCAAAGAAGAUCGCAAGCAGAAACGCAAGGACAGCCGCGUCGCUCGUAAGGUUCGAAAGCGAGAGGAAAGGGACGCCCUCGUUGCACAAGGCAUAGAUCCUUAUGCCGACAAGAAGCAGAAGCCUCCCUCUGUCAAUGUUCCCAUCUCACUCAUCUUCGACUGCGAAUUUGAGCAGUACAUGCGCGACAAGGAGCUUAUUUCUCUCGGCAGUCAAAUCACCAGGUCGUACUCAGAGAACAAAAAUGCGAAGUUCCGCACACAUAUCUACGUCUCGAACUGGAAGGGAAAAUUGGCUGAGCGGUUUCAUCAGAUUCUUGAAGACAAACACCAUAACUGGAAGGGUAUUGACUUUGUGGAAGGGGACUUUAUCGAGUGUGCGGAAAAGGCCCGAGAAAAGAUGAAGGAUAAGAAGGACCACAUGAUUGAACCCCUUCAGCGAAGCCUCGCAGAAAAAAGUCCUUGGGUCAGAGACGAAAAGGACCCUCUCCCUCUGCCUGACCUAGAACCGGAGCCCCGCCCCGAGUACAACGACAUAGUCUACCUGUCGUCGGACUCUCCCUACACACUUGAACGUCUCGAGCCCAACACAAGCUACAUCAUUGGUGGUCUGGUUGACAAGAACCGCGAAAAGGGCCUGUGCUACAAGCGUGCAAGGGAACGUGGCAUCCGCACGGCUCGGCUUCCCAUCGGCCAAUACAUGGUGAUGCAAAGCCGAACGGUCCUCACGACAAACCAUGUCAUUGAGAUAAUGCUCAAGUGGCUCGAGUACGAGAACUGGGGCGACGCGUUCUUGAGUGUCAUCCCCAAGCGCAAAGGAGGUCAGUUGAGACAGCAGGAGGGUGCUUCGGCUGAGGCAGAGGAUGCUGAGCGGGCUGAGAUCGAGGAACUUGAGGAGGAUAACGAUGAGAUCAAGGACCCUGAUGCUGAGGAAUCUUCCCCCGAGUAG